GGAGUAGGGUCGAUCUCAUAGAGUUAUAUACGUACAGUGUAUUUAACUCUAUGGUCGAUCUAUAAAUAGUCUCUAUCUCAUCAUACCCGGCCUAUUCCGCGGGUCGCUGCGCCGACCCCAAUUCCAACCUCCAGCAUCCAAGCUGAAUCAUUCAGUUGCAUUGCUGUUGUCUGCACGUCUGCUCUCUCUUUCGUGUCGCGACGUAGUACUGUCGAACAAUCAUCGUCAAAAUAUGGGGAAGUUACAGGCUCUUGAGGUUCUUUUCUCUGGCAACCAAGAUGUCUAUAAACCUGGGGACACCAUCUAUGGAGAAGUAAAGAUCGUUGUCAGUGAAGAAAAGGGCGAUAUUAGAGGUAUCCAAAUAAAAUGUGUUGGAAAGUCAUAUACGCAUUGGACAGAGACUGAGGGAAGUGGGGACAAUCAACGGACAGUGAGAUAUACUACAAAACACAGAUACUUUAAACAGGAAGUCACACUCCGUGGUGUGGCAAAGAGUGAAAGUAACUCAGACCGCAUCAAACUAUCAGCUGGGGAGCAUCGAUUUCCUUUCCAGUUUCAGCUUCCAAGCAUGUCCUUACCUGCACCGUUUGAAGGCCAGUAUGGAUACGUGAGGUACUUUGUCAAGAUUUGCAUUGAUCGACCGUGGAAGUUUGAUCACCAUGCCAAGAGGCUUUUCAGUAUCUUUACAGUCAAAGAUCUCAACUAUGAACACAACGUAUUGGUUCCAGCCAAUCACCAGAUAGAGAAGACUGUAUGUUGUCUCUGCUGCGCUUCUGGUCCUAUCGUCCUCCAGGGACAAAUAGACAAGAGGGGCUAUGUUCCGGGAGAAUAUAUAUUUGUGUCCUUAGACCUUCAAAACAACAGCUCUCGGACAAUCGUUGACAUCAAAGCAAAGCUACAACAGAAAGCACAUUUCUCAGCCUCCAACUGUGGGAGAACGCACCACAGAUAUGUUACAAAGAAGAUUACAGAACUCAAGCUAGAUGGCUGUGAAGCUAUGGGGUCAGUGAACUAUGAGAGGAUGAAGAUGUUGAUUCCUCCCAUCCCUCCUUGCACGUAUGACAACUGCCCGAAUAUUCAACUCGAGUAUUUUGUUGAGAUUGAAGCUGAUGUUUCUGGAACCCCUAUGGAUGCUGAAAUAAAGCUUCCUGUCGUGAUUGGUACCAUUCCAGCCUUCCAACAAACCUUGAAGGAUCCUACCCAAGCUCCUCAGGGCUUCGAAGCUUAUGCCCCGUAUGCAGGACAACCUAUACCGGUGUCCCCCACACCAGGCCAACCUGGGGUAUAUCCUCCACCAGGUCAACCUGGCUAUCCCCCUCAAGGACAACCUGGCUAUCCUCCGGCAGAACAACCGGGAUAUCCCCCAUCGGGGCAACCUGGCUAUCCACCACCUGCAGGAGAGCCGGGAUAUCCUCCGUCUGGACAGCCUGGUUACCCACCACCUGCAGAACAACCGGGCUAUCCCCCUCAAGGACAACCCGGCUAUCCUCCAACCGAACAACCAGGAUAUCCCCCAUCAGGACAGCCAGGCUACCCACCCCCAGCAGCACAGCCAGGAUAUCCCCUGUCAACAGACCCAUCUUCAGGUUUGCCACCCCCUCCUACAUACGCAGCAGCGGUAGGAGGACCCCAGGAGAUCACUGGUAAAGAAGGAUCGUUCGGUAGCGUCAUGUACGCACCACACUACCCUUACUAUGAUCCAGACACCUUAUAUGCAGCCAUGGGACUCCCUGCAGGGGCACCAACAUCAACAGACGGAGGACCACCACCACCUACCAUUACCCAACCACAGAGUGGUCAACAACCACCAUAUAACCCUUACCCGGAGGAAAAGAAAGGGGAAUGACAUUAUUAGGAAUUCACAACACGUCAUUGCCUAGCAGUGAAUGGGAUUGAAUAUACAAUGCUGAAAUUAUUGUCUUCGACGACACUUUAGUUAUUCCUUCAAGUUAUCCUUUGUAUGCCAGUUAUCAUAUAUGUAAAGCGCUUUCAAUCUUGGGUAUAGCUGAUGUAUGUAGUGCUACCGGUAUAUAAAUGAAAAUAUUACUAUUUAUCAUUAACAGUCAAUUCUCAUCAUGUAUAUUUACAGUAAUUCAGAUCAUUCAUACAGCUUUGAAAGUAAUUUUUAAAAAAAUAUCAUGUUCUCUUUACUGCAGAAUAAUAAUAAUCAGCAAAUAAUUACCUAAGGCUAAUUAUUAUUGUUAAGGUAAUAAUGUUUGAUAGGGUCCUCACAUAAACCGAGGACUACAAAACAUCUCAAGUAAAUUCAUGAGAAACGGAAAAGUAAUAUAUUCUUCCUUUUAAUACCUUGCCUUGUUUCCUAUACAGUGUGUAUUUUUUUUAUGUACAUGAGGUUCAAUAAAAUGCAUGGAAGUGCAAGCUUGAAGUUAACUCUUUGCACAUUCUUGUAUGUGACAAAAUGUGGUAUAUGUAGUAUGGACCUUUUCUUUAAAAUCAGUGGACUAAAAUAAACGUUCUUGUAUGUCUUGUACAUAUAUUUACAAAUAGUAGUUAGCUGUAAAUUUGUGUAAUACAUGUAUAUGUAUAUUCUAUUGGAGUAGUUUGAAAGUAUUUAAAUUUCAAAGAAUGAAUGUGUUUAAGUCAAAUCUACAUUUUGGAAACAUGUAGCUUCUAUCAGUCAAUACCAGUUCAAAAUAAAUAAAGUAUUGACGAUAUAAACAGUUGGUUAUCAAUUAAUAAUUAAAUGAGGUAAUAGAUUAUUAUGUAAAGUAUUAUUAUGACUCCUUUUGCAGACAUCCAAGAAAAUGAAUACCAUGUACUAAUAUUAAUCAUCACAGCCAUACUUUUGCAAAGAAAACUGUCUUUCAUUCAAGUUAUUGGCAUAACCUUGCCUUUUCAAUGAAGUGUUUUGGUCAGUUUUAUACAUUUUUUUUUUCACGUUUAUGAAAAUCUGUUUAUGAAUUUAACCCAUUUGCAAAGCGGGAAGAGGCCGGGUUGCUGUCCCUGUCCAUAGCCUAUGGGAAUGAGAUGAUUACUUCUUGGGUUGAAGCAGAUGUAAUUUGAUGUUUUAAGAUAUUUAUAAUAUAUCCACCAUGAUUAUUUUAUUUUUAGAUAUCAUGCAGUGUAAUGUGCUCAUACUUGCCUUGUACCUACAGUUUAUUGUUUUGAGAAGUGUUUCAUUAUUCCCCAAAAAGCUGCAGCUUCUUGAUCCAUUAAUGUUGACAGGCCAAAAUGGUCUUUCAAAUGUUUAUUCCCAUUAAGGAGACACUGCCCAGGGGCUAUGCACAAUUAUUUUUUUUUUUUGAGGGGGGAGGGGGCAAAUGAACAUUUUAGGGAGAGAGGUAAUUUCCUUGUUUUCUUCACCACCUGAUUUUUUUUUAAAUUUCCUAUUAUUAUUUUUUUUGGGGGGGUUGAUGGUUUCCCACUACCCAUCUAUAGCAUCACCCCUGCUUUUCCGUAAUUCUACACACUCACUUAAGGCCUGGUCCCACUGGCCGAUGGACACAAAACAUAUUCAUAACGGAUACAGCGGACAAGCAAAAUUUCGGGGUGGCUCCAUCCGUUUUCAUCUGCUCCAGACAAUGGACAAAAUGGGCGAACAAUGAAAUUACAAUGGACGGAUGCUCAAUGGAUAUAGAGCGUAUAAAACAGAGUACACAACGGAUACAUAAUGUUUUCCAACGUAUGGCAAUGUUCUUUUCCGUUUUACACCCUCUCUGCAUCCAGAAGUGCAGUGGGACGAAGCCUUUAGAUAUUUUGACAAUCAACCCAUCCCUUACUGGGAAUGCCAUAGGAAAAUUUAUGAUUUAAUGAUAUACAUGUGUAUAUGUUUUACUUUUAAGUAGCGUUUUGUCAAGGGUUCUUCUCUUUAUGAAUGAAGUAUGUCUUGUGGUUGGUGUUUUUAUUAUCAGGGUGAAGUGUCUCCAUAAUUUGCCUUUAUACAUGUACCUGUGUGCAUUUUAAAAAUGCUUGUAUCACUUUGUGUAGUUGUACAUGUUGUGAGAAGUGCUCAUGUCUGUACUAUUAUUAAACUUGAUGCAAAUAUUACUUUUAUAACAUAAUGAAUAUAAUUUUUUGUACCGGUAUUUAUUACUGUUAAUGUUGUAGAUUUAAAGAAGAAGUUCACCCUGAAGAAAAGUUUGUUGUAACAAAGCAGAAAAAUAACAAGAAAAUAUUGGUUAGGAUUGAGGAAGAUCCAUUGAAGAUUAAGAAAGUUAGAAUUUUAAAUUUUAGAUUUGUGACAUCAUAAACGAGCAGCUGCGGCAUAUGUUAUGUGAUAUAACAUGCACAUAUUUUAAUUUUUUAAUGGUUCUUGAUGACUUAUUUUUGUUUUCUUUUUAUGAACGGGUGUGAAAUGUUUUGUCUAUUGAUAUACUGAAAGUACAGUAAAAAUCCAUUUUCAAUUUUCUAAAGAAAUGAAAUUGAUUUUUUUACCAUACAACAUUAGGAAAGCUGCUCGCAUAUGACGUCACAAAUCUAAUUUUAAUUCUAAUAACUUUUUUAUUCUUUCAUGGAUUUUUCUCAAGCCUUCGGCAAUAUUUUUUAUAAUUUGUUUCUGCUAUUUUGGCAGUCAAUUUUUUGUCAGGGUAAACUUCCCCUUUAAUUUCUGCUAAAUGUAAAAACUAAACAUAAUUCAAAGGAUCAAUUGCAUAAAAUAUUGAAAUCCAUCACAGUUCAAAGAUUUGGAUCAUUUUGAUUUGUUGAAAAUUCUGUUAUUAUUAAGUUGCAUGUAAUUAUUUGUUGUAGUUACCUCUGAUUACAGAGUUUUUCCCCUCACACCCCAGUGAUAAAUAGCACCAGUUUGAGUUUAAACUUCCUCAGUCUGUUCAUAGUUCCUUACACAAAAUGCAAUAUUCAGAUCAUGAAGUCUCAAAAUAUAAUCCCCACUCAAUUUUUUAUUUCUAUUUACAGAAUUCAUACCAUCACAAGUAUGUUUCCAGUGAACAAAUAUGAAUAACAGAAUGCUUCAAAAUAGCCAUGUUUUCUGAUAGUGAUCAUAUGGCCAUUGCAAUUCAAUUAAAAUAUAUUUUCAAUUGUUUUA